AAAUUGACUGUAACAACUCUGGAUGAAUGGGAGUGCGUACGGCCUCGGCGAGGCAUCUCCAUGUGUUGGUGAUGGCUCCAGCCCUAACAGAUUCGGAGCAGUCACAAAAAUUUAGUUUGUCCCCAAAAACCCUUAAAACUACUGACUUUGGUGACUGCAUAUCACAGAGUGUUAAAAAAAACACAAAAGGUGACGAUCAUCAGCUAGGCUUAGACACUGAUGAUAAUCAUUUAAUAAAAAAUGCACCAAAAAAUAUUAGUUUGUCAGCAGUGAGAGGCUCAGGUGAUGAACAACUGGGACAGUUGCAACAACAUAGUCCCAAACAUAAUUCCUCCAUUGGUGUAAUGAACAAUAAAAUACGGAUGGAUGACCCUCAAGACAAGAUGGGACUUGAAAAAACAAGAAUAGAUAACAUUUCAUCUUUAGUUAAAGAUAAGAGCAUACCAAAUGAUGUAGAACAGAUUUUGAACAACUUUGAACCAGACCUUUGUGAGAACGAUGCAGAGACAGUAGGAGACAUACCUCCACCGAAUGUAGAUGAAAUAAUGCAGGUGAUUAAGUCCAUGGAAGCAACUAAUACAGCAGACUCCAUGUUUUCACUUGCCACAGACUUAACCACCAAUUUAUCACCAUUUGAAAAGGAAUUAUUGAAUGAUGUUGAUGUUAUGAAUAUGAGUAUGGAUGAUCAACUACUUGACGGGGCAGCAACGCUAAAGGAACACCAAACUAAGGAGGUUAUUGCUGAAUUACAAAAGAGACAGUUAAAGAUAGAGAGGCGAGUCGAUUUUUUGCUAAGGCGCCUGCGCAAAAUUCAGGUCAAGCACAUGGGCCAGCACGUGAGCAAUGAAAUCGCAGGCGUGUUCGAGCACGCAAACAGGACCCUCAGAAAAGCUAAAGAGGCGGCCAACAACAACACCACUGCGCAAAAUAAAGACCAAGAACCUCCGCCUCCUUAUCAUCCUUCAUCGCUACAGGAAGCGUCCGGUUCGCCGGAACCCUUAGCGACGAUUGUGCCUUCGACAACCACAAACUCGAAGGAUGAAAAAUUGAAACCGAUCUCGCAAAGUUCUGCCAAGAGCCUUGUGCGCAAGCUCGAAACGUCGACCCUGUUCCAGGCGACAAUUGUGGCACGCCAAAAGUUUACGCCGCGAUACUUCGGGUCCGGUUCGGUCGAACCCGCCAGCUAUCGGAGCGGGUACCAGAACAUGACAACGUUACCACCAUGGUCGGCUGAGCAUAAGGCGGAGUUGCAGAAGGUGGCGGGUUCGCUUCAUACGCAGCUGCGAAUUGUGCAACAGGCGGUUGACUCGGAGGCCACCGCCAGUAGUUCUGGAGGCGAGAGCUGCGACGAGUUUCAAACAUACGGGAAUCCGCAUCAGCAGUACCUGAGUAUCCAGAAGAGGGCAGCAUGGCGUUACUCGACGGAUCGUGCUGCGAUUGCGUCUCGUUGGACAUGGCUGCAGGCUCAGAUAGCGGAUCUGGAGUACCGCAUUCGUCAGUACGCCGACUUGCAGAAGUUGGUGCGGGCGAACAAGGGACCUGUGUUGCUCGAGGGCGAGCACGAGGUCCCAUCUUCGCCCAGCGCAGUGAACGGCUAUAGGGGACAAUUACCAGGCGCUUCGCCGCUUGUUUAUUUCAAUAACAAAAAUGUAAUGUCCGAAGUGGGAGGAGUAGGAGGCUUGGAUGCGACCGGAUCACCUAAUACCGCAUCAAGCACGGAUUGUUGCUGCGCCCGCAGCCGGCCGCUUCGCUGUGGCUUUCGCAAGAGGAAGUUGGUGCAGAUUGCGGGACUGCAUGCGGUCAGUAAGAAGGCGGCGCGUCCCUCGACGAUCCGUUGCGGGUGUGCGCCGGCGAGCGGGAUUCCACCGUGCGCUGUGUGCACCGGUCGGACGGAUCCGACACAUCCGAAGGACCUAACCGAUUGUUUAAAUACGCAGGAAAGAAUUGCUCUCAUUGAUCCCGCUUUUCAUCCUGUAAUCUCUUUUUCUGAAGACGUUUCGUCCAGUAUCCAUUUGGAGGCGAUUAUGAAAACGUCCGACUGGCAAAUGAAAAGUACAAAGUCGAACUUCAAGACGAUGAAGUUCAACAUGAAGACAGAUCGUCGAAAUAAAACUAGCCCUAACGUUGAAGAAGAUCUGACCAAAAAGGUGGACCAUCGUAGAAAAUACAACAGAUUAAUGAAGACAAAAAUGAAAAAAAUGCGAGGUCGUAAGCCCAUGUUGCAUUCGUCACUCACGCGACUUAAGAAAAAGAGACACAAUGUGCGAUUGGCGAUGGCGCAGUUACAGGCGAUGUCGGCAGAGGGUGCGGACGAAGAGACAGAGGCGUUGAGCAAUAGCGCGGCUGCAGCGGCCGCAGCUGCAGCAGGUGGAAAUGGCCCGCGAUCGAUGAGCGUUGGUAAUAUCGUAGUGGACUCACCAUGCUCGUCGCCGCUUUUAACGAUGCAGGCCAUUUCCGGUUACAGCAGUAAGCAGAGAAAUAGUCGUGUCAGUUCGUAUGAUAUCGACAACAUUGUGAUCCCGUACAGUGUUGCCGCAUCUACCAGGGUCGAAAAGUUGCAGUACAAAGAGAUUUUAACGCCCAAGUGGCGUUUGGUCGAUCCUGAUUUUGCUGUGAAAUACACGAAAACUAAUGGCGUCGUUCGUGAUCCUGAAAGCGAUGUGGAAGAUCUUUCGGAAGAGGCGUUAUUGGCGCGUCACGAAAAAUCUGAGCACGAGGAGAAGAAAAAGUUCCUCAGUUACCUCAAAUUCCCUGUUGGCAGUGGCCGGUCUCGUUCGCACAAACGAACGGACAGCAGGGCCGAAUCGAGCGGCGGAAACACACCUGACCCCUUGUCGCCUCAUCCCAUCGACCACACAAACACAACUGUUUCCGCCUCUGACAUCGUUACGAAUAGCAUCAGUGGCAGUUCUCCUGUUCUUUCGCCUCCUGCCACUCCGUUACCUUCCAUCGACGAAUGCCCCUUACCAUCGGUGAGCGUGAUGCGAAGACGGACCAUUUCGCAAUCGACCCGUGGUAAAGAUCGCGGAAUUAUUGAAGAAGAAGAUGAGCAACGAGAAGUGAUAGAAAUGACGGUGACACCCUACGAUCGUCGCACAUUUCCAUUGGCUGAAGACGCGUAUGACAAAAUGUUGAAACAAAUGCCUGAAGAUCAUCGUCAGUGUAGUACGAACUCGAGGUCUCAAGACGUUCAGAGGAGGCGGAGUAGCAGUUGUUUUAGUCCGUUGAAUGACGACGAGGAUGAUCGGAGAGAUUCGCUCACCCUCGGCUCGCCGAUGGUUGUGUGUGCUGCCGAAGGUGAUGAUGACAGCGAAUCGACCGAGUCGGCGUACGGUGACGAAGAUCCGAACGAUCCCGAAUGGAGUGAUUUUGAAUGCGUGCGCGACCGUUAUGGAAAGAGAUAGAACAAAGAUAAUCAUGACGACCUCGUCAGAUAACGUUUUCGUGCAUGAUGCGACCCGAAAAAAGGAAGCUAAAUAGGUAGAAGACAGGCAAGAUUUUCGUCGUGACAUUGGCUUAUAAUUUCUUUCGAUAGGAACAGUAAUAGUACUUCAAUUAAUUUUUGGUAGUCGGUAAAGCGCGUUUGUAAUUAUUUAACUGCACCUGACAUUUUUUUGCCGAACAUUUAGGAAAAUUUUGUGGGAAUGUAAUGCGCUAUUCCAUUUUAAGAUUUGAGCCUACUAAAGGGGCCGCGGCGCGGGAUAAAUAUGGACGAACUGCUUUCUUUAAACAAAUGGGUUCCAUAUUUUUUUUCCAGGAUUUAUACCGACAAUAUUGGAUCAGAAGUUUCUACUGGUUGACAGUGUUUAAAAUAAAAACAUUUUAUAUGUAACAUUUUUUAAAUCUUAAACGAUUGACUGAAUCUUAAUAAAAAGAUCACUUUCAAAGUUCUCAAUGGGAAAAGUUGGACAACAAAAGCAGUGGUAAAAUGUUUUAAUUUUGACCUCAUUUUAACAGUGGGUACAUUCAUGUUUGGUAUCAUUACUAUAUCCGUUGUUAUUUAUUUAUUUAUUUAUUCAAGGCAUUAUAAAAAAGGUAUAUAUAUUUUUUUUAAAUUGAUCAAGUUAACAUUGAAACAGUUAAAAAUUGAAGUACAUGUCUUUUUUUACUCAAUUUUAUUUUGUCCCCUAUCCUUGACUA